CUCAGCUCCAAACCAUGAGCUGCCUUUGCCUCGGGGGAUGCUGGAGCUGAGAGCCCCAACCCCAAGGGAAGGAAGAUGCUGCAGACCAGCAACUACAGCCUGGUGCUGUUCCUGCAGUUCCUCCUGCUCUUCUACGACCUCUUUGUCAACUCCUUCUCGGAGCUGCUCCGCACGGCCCCUGCUGUCCAGCUCGUCCUCUUCAUCAUCCAGGACAUUGCUAUUCUCUUCAAUGUCAUCAUCAUCUUCCUUAUGUUCUUCAACACCUUCGUCUUCCAGGCUGGGCUGGUCAACCUCCUCUUCCACAAGUUCAAGGGGACCAUCCUGUUGUCUGCAGCCUACCUGGGGCUCAGCAUCUCCUUCCACGUCUGGGUUAUGAACCUGCGCUGGCGCGACUCCAGCCGCUUCGUGUGGACCGAAGGCCUGCAGACCCUCUUUGUGUUCCAGCGCCUGGCGGCCGUGCUCUACUGUUACUUCUACAAGAGGACCGCAGUGCAUCUGGGGGACCCCCUCUUCUACCAGGACUCGCUGUGGCUGCGCAAGGAGUUUGAGCAGUUCCGUGGCUGA